AUGCGUCGCUGUGUGCCCUGGCGUCGCCUCGUGUGCGGGGGCACCGGGCUCCUACGCGAGGGCGUCGACACGGGAGGUGUGCCGUCGUCCGGCUCGCCUAGCUUCAAAGAGGCCGUUGAGGGGAAGCUAGAGAAGGAGGCGGAGGCGCUCCGGCGGGUCGCAUGCUAUCCUCAUCGCUCCAUGACCAGACCAGUCAUGCCCGUACCGAUGUCACAGAUCCUCUCCCCGGUUUUCAUGUCGAGUCUCAUGGACCUGAACCAGCUGGCGACAGACCUGCACUGCCUGUCGUUCAGUGCCCCCAAAGCGCACUGGGAUGCGGCGGUGAUUCUCAUCAAGGGCAACCCAGACGAGAAGGAGUACGAAGUGUGGGUGAACCCGUUGGUGCCCGGCUACGACGAUCGAGACGCGGUGGCACCCAUGUACGGCAUGUGGGAGAACUGCAUCUCGUGCGGCACGGCGACGGCGUGGGUGGUACGCCCGCAGCGCAUCACGUGCAGCGGGUACGAUGAGCACGGUAACCACAAGGUGCAGGUGCUAGACGGCAUGCGAGCACGCUGCCUGAUGCACGAGCUGGACCACUUGAUGGGCAAGACCAUCUUUCAUCAAGCAGUCGGGCCAGAAUUUGUUGUGAGCUCGGUGGCGAUGGCGCAGCGACAUCUGUGGCCGGCCAACUUCCCGUCCGCGGAGGCGUACGUCACCACUCCUGGUCAGUUUUUCGAUUACGUGCACAACGCGACAGUGAUUCCGCCGGGCAUGGAGUGGUGGUACGCGCAGAACGCCAGGGAAGAGUUUGGUAACGAGCAAAUUGGACAGUGA